AAUCUCCUCCUCCCAAAAUCGCUCCAUCACAUAAACCUGGGGGGGGCAGGAGGGGGGGUCCCUUCCGAUCCUCCCUCCUGACGCCCCCCCCAGCAGGCCCCCUCCCCCACCAUUGAAAGCCAUGAAUUUUGAAUUUGAGAGGGAGAUUGGGUUUAUAAACAGCCAGCCAUCGCUCGCCGAGUGUCUGACUUCCUUCCCCGCUGUCUUGGAGACAUUUCAAACUUCAUCAAUCAAAGAGUCGACAUUAAUUCCUCCACCUCCUCCUUUCGAGCAAACCUUCCCCAGCCUCCAGCCCGGCGCCUCCACCCUUCAGAGACCCGGGAGCCAAAAGCGAGCCGAAGAUGGGCCAGCUCUACCGCCGCCACCUCCGCCGCUCCCCGCUGCCCCCCCGGCCCCCGAGUUCCCCUGGAUGAAAGAGAAGAAAUCCGCCAAGAAACCCAGCCAAUCCUCCACGUCUCCUUCCCCGGCCGCCUCCUCCGUCCCGGCCUCCGGGGUCGGAUCGCCUGCAGAUGGCCCGGGACCGCCGGAGGCUGGAGGCGGUGGGGCGCGUAGGCUGCGUACGGCUUACACUAACACGCAGCUGCUGGAGCUGGAGAAGGAAUUCCACUUUAACAAGUACCUGUGCCGUCCGCGCCGCGUGGAGAUCGCGGCCUUGCUGGACCUCACUGAGAGGCAGGUCAAAGUCUGGUUCCAGAACCGGCGCAUGAAGCACAAGCGGCAAACGCAGCACCGAGAGCCGCCUGACGGGGAGGCAGCUUGUCCUGGCGCCCUGGAGGACACAGGAGACCCUGCCGAGGAGCCCGCGGCCAGUCCAGGCGGCCCCUCCGCCUCACAGGCGGCGCAGGAAGGUUGCUCUCACCUGCCUGAGGUCACGCCGGGACCCUUGGGCGCCCCGGGUCCCCUGCCUUUUGCCGAUCGCUUGGAGGGCGCCGGCAAGCCGAGCUCCGGCUGCACGCUGCGUGGUACGGGUGGUCUGGAGCCCGGACUAUUGCCAGAAGACGCCUUCCCAGAGCGGCAGGAUUCGCCUUUCCUGCCCGACCUCAACUUCUUCGCGGCCGACUCCUGUUUUCAGCUGUCGGGAGGAAUCUCCUCCAGCCUACAGGGUUCGCUUGACAGCCCUGUCCCCUUUUGUGAGGAAGAUCUGGACUUCUUCACCAGCACACUCUGUGCCAUCGACCUACAGUUUCCUUAACCCGUUUCUUCCUCCCGGCCUUUUGGACCCCUGCCCUCUUUGGCAGUCUGCUGGAAAAAUUGAGCCUCCCCUGCCCCCCCCCAGUCGUGUAGACAAGUGUUUUGCUAAAAUUCAGGUAUUAUUGAAUUAGCAUUUAAUCCACUCCCUUUUUUUCUCUUAAAAUAUUGGGCACUUGGGCCUCUCUUUCAAAUCACAUAGAAAAAUUCCGUUUGGUAGACUCCUUCCAACGAAAUCUCAGGAAUAAGUAAACUCUAGGGGGGCUUUCUUAAAACGGACAAGAGGGACUUAUUUUCCUCUUUUUUUUUUUAAGUUUUAGACUGUAGAUUAUUUAUUAAAAUUCUUUAAUAGGAAAAGGGGAAAGUAUUUAUUGUACAUUAUUUUCAUAGAUGAAAUAAAUGUCUUUAUAAUAC